AUGAGUGACGCCAAGGACAUGGAGAUUAGUGGCACAGAAUCACGACAGAUGGCGGGUAGUGUAAUUUGUAAUCAAGCAAAUAAUAAUGUAGAAAGCAGUCAGAGGGCUUUAAGAUCGGUGAACAGGCAAAAAAAUGUAAACAUCGCAGAUAAGGAAACAGAAGGCCAAAAAAAGGGAAGAGGCAGACCGAGUAAAAAGCAAAAAAUGGAAAAGGGAGACCAAAGUUUAACAAAUUUUUGGUAUAAAAAUGAACAAAAGGAAAUAAGUGCGAAAGAAAAAGGCUCAGACAAUGAAACCACCAACGGUGAGACAGAUGAGGCAAGUGAUAAUGAUUUUGAAGAUGAGUUUACUGAGGAGAUGGAAUUUUCGGAAGCUGAAGAGACAAUUAUGGAAAAUAAUCAGGAUCAGGAUAAACAGAAAGAAAAAGAGAAUGAAUUCGAAUGUGUGGAAAAUAAAAUUUUAGAGGAAAGAGAAUGGAGAGAAAAAUGGGAAGCACAAAUGGAGGAAAAAUGGGAAAGAAGGAUGGCUGAGCUCGAGCAAACUAUAAAAGUUGGCCUAGAAAAUAUAGAUUCGGGCAAUAAGAAUUGUGGGGAAUGUAAAAAACGAAUGAAUCAUUAUGAGAAGAUACACAAUGAAUUAAAAAAAGAAAUUCAGUUUCUAAAGCAAAACUUAGCUGACAAGGAGGAUGAAAUUGACAGUUUAAGAAUUCUUACAGAAAAAACAGUACAACGAGAAAAACAACUAAGAAACCAGCAGACGAAUGUAAAAAUGUAUAGUGAGGCGCUAGCAAUAGAAAAAGGAAGUAUUCAAGAAAACAUUGACACUGAUAAACAGAAUGAAAGAAAUCAACCUCCGAAAGGCUUUAGUGGAGAAAUGUGGGAAGAAGAAAAGAAGAUUAGAUGGGAAAGAAAGAAAAAUAUUAUAGUGAAGGGUUUGACCUUAUUGACUAAGGAACGAAAAGAAGAAUUCGAAAAGUGGACAGAAGAAAUACUACAAAUAAAAGUGAAAGUUAACCACCUAGAAAGGGUACAAGAAGGAUGGAAAAUCAAGCUAGAGGAAUGGGCAAUGAAACAAGAGAUAAUGAGAAAAAAGAAAAUGUUAAAUUUCUUAGGUUGGGGUGUACAAAUUAAAGAUGACUUUACAGAAAGACAAAAUACAGUCCAAGAGUGGUUAAGAAUGGAGGCAAAAGAAUGGAGACUAAGGGGAAAAACGGCAAAAGUGAGAUAUCAGAAAUUAAUGGUAGAUGAUGUAUGGCUAAAGUGGAACGAACUGGAAGGAAUCUUACAAUUGAGUGAUAGGAAACAGGGGUCUAGAUUUUUUCGUGCAGAAAAAAGAAGUAGAACAGGAGUCUUGUGA